AUGGAGGACCGCGCGACUUCCACGGCCACGGCGCCGCUGCAGCUGCCCAUCCUGCCUCUGGACGGCAAGCUCCAUUGGCGAGCUCUUCGACGACGCUUCGGGGGACGGCAUCAUUGGCGACGAGGUGCGAAGGCCAUGAAAGCCCCAGUCGAGGCAGGUCCUGAGAAGACGCUUUCUGCCUCCAGGAGCACGAAGGUCACGGUUUAA